AUGUCGUCGUCCCUCUUUGGCGUGCUGACAUGGCUGGGUCACAAGGAAACCUUCGUGGAAAAUGGUCGGCGCUCUGAUGAUUGGAAUUUGGAUGAGCAUGGCUUUUGUUUGCUGGAGGAUAUGCCAAUGCCAGUGGCUGAAAAAGACCUCACGCAGCACGCUGGCUUUGAGUGUCGUGAGCACCCUGUGCUUUUUGGAUUUCAGAAUGAGAGACCUCAACUGCUGACGCCCGAAGCGAAAGAACCAUCCUUUGGUUUGGAUCAAUGGCUGGUCUAUUACUCGCAUGUGGCGAAGGCUGCAAAGAAGGUCCUCCCCGAGGCCGAGUACGUGAUCAUUACUGGACACUCGACCUUUUCUGCAGAGCUCUCACCCUUCAGGCAAGUGGCCUAUGCUUUGCGUUCCUGCUUUCUCGGGGCCUUGCGGCUGCUUGGCACAGAAGAAACACCGCCCAUGGGAGCAAUGCCAGAUUUCAUCCACGCUGACCACACGGUGGAACAAGGGGCGCAUCUGUUGUCAACGGCCUUGGAGAGUUUCAAUGGAUUGGAACUUGGUGGACGGCGAGUAGUCUCUGUUAACUUUUGGAGGAAUGCUCGCGCGGAGGCCCGCAUCCAGAAUCACCACAUGGCUGUUGUGAAUGCGCAGUCCAUCUCUGAUGAUGAGUUGCAAGCAUCCAAAUUCAAGAAUUACAAAAUGGGAGGCUUGGAGCAGUACCACUUGACUCAUUUGAGCGACAAUCAAAGAUUGGUCUACUUUCCUAACAUGGAGAGUAGUGAGAUUCUCGUUUUCAAGCAGCGUGCCUAUGAUGUCUCAGACACGAAUAUUGUGACACCCCUGGCAGAACCGCACAAGCAUCAUAUCCUCCACACCGCUUUCCUGGAUCCAACAGCUCCCAGAGGCACAGUCCCACGAAAGGCCAUCGCUUGUCCAGGUGUCUUGGUUGUUUUGAAGGCAGCCGAAGCAAAAUCUGACGUCAAAGGCGAUGCCAGAUCCACUCUAUUGCACCGUACAGGAUUAGCUCCCUCCUGGAAGAAAGAGCUGAAACAAACAUUUCCUCCUGAGGAGUGA